UCUUCUAAGAGAAUUCGAAAUUAGCGUGUCUCAUUGUAUGAACUAUUUCCUUGCGAAUAUGUUGGUGGCAAAUAACCAGACUCACAUUUGUUAGAUGUACAUUAAACUGCAAGACCUUGUUAAUAAUUAAAUAAUAGUUAUCAAGUGAUUUUUAAGAUUUCUGUUCAAGUAUUGGAAGGCCUGGACGGCUAUACUUUGCGCAAGCCCAGAAGAGAAUACAAGAAUUCGCCAUGAGGAUGUUUGGCUUCAACGUUCUACUGGUAAUCAUUGCGGCUAUAUCACUCGGCGGAGCGUACCGAAUUUUAGGCGUUUUUCCGCUGAAUGGAAAGAGCCACUUUGUUAUGUUCGAUCAAUUGAUGAAAGGAUUAGCAAAACGUGGUCACCAAGUGGACGUCGUGAGUCAUUUCCCGCUGAAGAAACCGUUGCCGAACUACACCGACGUCGUUGAUCUGUCCGGAACCAUGCCUGCAGUGCUGAACAAUAUGACCUAUGAUUUUGUAAAAUCGGUUCUGACUAACUCCGCAGUGGUUCCUCUGCUCGCAACUCAGUUUGGCGGUGAACUCUGCGAUCUCAUGGAUCAUCCACGUUUUAGAGAGAUUAUAAAAAAUCCUCCGAAAGAUCCUCCUUAUGAUCUUGUAAUCACGGAGAUAUUCGGUUCCUCCUGCUACUUAGCCCUUGGUCAACAUUUCAAUGUCCCCGUCGUGGGUGUCGCCACUUGCGUAUUAAUGCCGUGGGCAAACGACAUGGUUGCAAAUCCCGACAAUCCAGCCUACAUACCAAACGUUCUUUCGGACAAUUUUGCUCCGAUGAACUUUUUCCAAAGAGUAAAAAACGCUCUGAGCUUGUGGAAAGCAAAAUGGGAUUUCGACACCUACAGCGUUUAUCAGGACGAUAAAAUAAAGAAGUAUCUCGGCCCUAAUUCGAUAAGUCUCAGAGAAGCCGAACGAAACGUGUCAUUGAUCCUUGCCAACUCUCACUACAGUUUGCACGGAGUCAGACCAUACACAACGGCUGUUGUCGAAGUCGGAGGACUUCACAUUCCGCAAGAAGUAGACGCACUGCCCAAGGAUCUGCAAAAGUGGUUGGACGAUAGCAAAGACGGUUUCGUGUACAUGUCUUUUGGAUCCAUGAUAAAAAUAGAGUCGUUUCCAAAGGAAACCCUCGCUGCCUUGUACAAUUCGUUGAAGAAGUUGGCACCAGUUCGCGUAUUGAUAAAAAUAGCAAAACCGCAAGAAUUACCACCUGGUCUACCGAGCAACGUUCUAACUCUAUCUUGGGUACCUCAAGUACCAGUCCUCAGUCACAAACACGUGCGGGUAUUCGUGACUCACGGAGGUCUUAUGGGAACUCAGGAAGCGAUUCAUUGCGGGGUUCCAAUGAUAGGGAUUCCACUUUUCGGAGAUCAAAUGCAGAACAUCAAGCUUUAUGUGAGGAAGAAGAUAGCAGUGGCUCUGGAUCAUGAUCAACUAACAGAGGAAAAAUUGGACACAGCUUUCAGAACCGUGCUAGGCGAUCCUUCGUACUUACAAGCGGCAAGGAAAUUCUCUAUUGAAUUUCGAGAUCGCCCAAUGAGGGCGUUGGACACGGCUACUUUCUGGAUUGAGUAUGUUAUUAGACACGGUGGAACAAAUCUCAAGUCACCAGCGAUGGAGUUAACUUGGGGGCAAAUUUCACUGCUGGAUAUAUAUGGGGCUCUGUUUCUAUCCGUUGCUCUCAGCGCGUACUUGGUUAAAGUUAUAAUUACUACCCUAAUAGCGAUAGUUACUGGGAGUGAUAUAAGCAGUGUCAAGCACUCUAAGAAAGUAAAAUAAUUCGCAAACGUAGUCAGGUUGAGUAACCCGUGUAAUAUGUAACCAGUAAACGUCACAGGUUUAGCUUUAACAUACAUUUCGCACAUCAAGCUUCUACGUCAAAUUUAUCAACAACGACACUUAUCAAUUUCCGAGAAUUUUUGAUUUUGGAUCAGAUGAUGAUGCGGUUUCGCUGAAAGAAGACGCUACGCGCCACUUCGUUUGACUGUGAGAUCGUAUCACACGUGGCCAUCUGCUUUGCGUUUCACCUACUGACAAAUUACAGUAUUUCAUAUUUCUUACAGAACUCUAUUGUUCGCCACUGCGUGUCCCUGUAUAAUUUGAUAAUACUCGUACUUAAUUAACUGGUGUAUGCGAUUACAAACAAAUUAUAUCAAAGAUCUCGUACGGUAAUGUGAAAUAAAAUUUUUAAAGGGUACAAGAAUUGAGUAUCGUGUGUGACCGUGAGACUCCACUCUGAUGUCAUCGGGUGAUAACAAUUUGGUCGUAAUGUCAAGAGUUUAUCUUAAUGCUGUUAUUAAAUGUCGAAAUUCAAAGCAA